UUGUCCGUUUUGAAGAGCUUGCAGCUGGCUUCAACGGUGGAGAGAGAGAGAGAGAGAGAGAGAGAGAGAGAGAGAGAGAGAGAGAGAGAGAGAGAGAGAGAGAGAGAGAGGGAGAGAGAGAGAGAGAGAGAGAGAGAGAGAGAGAGAGAGAGAGAGAGAGAGAGGUUGUUGCCAUGGCAACGAGGGAGGUCAGCAUCCAGAUGGCGGGGGUGGACGGCCAGCCGGGGUGCGCUCUGUCCCGGGAGCCGCUUGUCUUCCGUGCCGUGCCGCGGAGAGCCGGCGCUUCUUUGAUGGAGGCUGCAGACGAAGUCGCCGCCGACGACACGAUGACCAAAGACGCGGCCGCGGCGGCUCAGGAUGAGACGCGGUGCUCUGUCUCGUUCAGCGUGCCAGGCUCGCCGUCGGGGCUCCACCUUGCGCAGCUCAGCAUGCCGCCGUUAGUCUGCGCCUGCGAUGCCGACGUGGGCACCGCUCCUGUGCUGCCGAUCGAGUCGAAGGUCCCGUGGGAGCGAGACCGGCGGUUUGGCCACUUCAAGACGUUCUAUGGCGACCUUGAACGGCAGCUCUCCAACCUCCGCGGGGUGCCACAGGACACCGACGUCGAGAAAGGUGAGGCGUCAAAGAUCUCAGAGGAGGACAUCGACGAGGACGAUGAAGUGCCCACCGCCGACCGCUACUUCGCCGCGCUCGAAGGCCCCGAGCUCGAGACCCUCCGUUCGACAGAGGUGGCGGUCCUGCCUAAGGACGAGACAUGGCCGUUCCUGCUUCGGUUUCCAAUUAGCGCCUUUGGGAUGUGCCUUGGCGUGAGCAGCCAGGCGAUGUUGUGGAAGACCCUGCAGUGGGAGCCCUCCACGAAGUUCCUUCACGUGCACCCGGUUGUCAACCACGUCCUCUGGUGGAUCUCCGUCGCACUCAUGGUGGUCGUCUCCAUCACCUACCUCUUGAAGAUCGUCUUCUACUUCGAGGCUGUCCGUCGUGAGUUCAACCAUCCUGUGCGCGUCAACUUCUUCGCGCCAUGGAUCGCUUGCCUCUUCCUUGUCAAGGGCGUGCCGCAUCCGGUGUGGGAGAUCCACCACGCCGUCUGGUGCGUGCUCAUGGCGCCUAUCUUGUGUCUCGACCUCAAAAUCUACGGACAAUGGAUGACUAGCGACGAGCGGCGCCUCUCUAAGGUGGCCAACCCAUCGAACCACCUCGCCGUCGUUGGCAACUUCGUCGGUGCGCUGCUUGGCGCUAGGAUGGGCCUCCGGGAGCUGCCCAUCUUCUUCUUUGCUGUUGGGUUGGCCCACUAUGUGGUGCUCUUUGUCACUCUCUAUCAGCGGCUCCCUACCAACGUGCAGCUCCCCAAGGAGCUCCACCCAGUUUUCUUCCUUUUCGUCGCUGCACCUAGCGUCGCGUCUAUGGCAUGGACAAGGAUCUCUGGUGAGUUCAACGAUGGCGCUAAGCUCCUUUACUUCAUCUCGCUAUUCCUCUACGUGUCGCUGGUGGUGCAGGUCAACCUCUUUCGGGGGUUUAGGUUCUCCCUGGCAUGGUGGGCGUACACAUUCCCAAUGACGAGUGUGGCCUUGGCGACGGUAUUGUAUGCAUCAAAGGUAGACAAUGUGCUGACACGGGCAUUGGCAGUUGGGUUGUCAGGAAUCGCCGUCGUCACAGUCAUCGGUGUGUUAGCCACUACCAUGUACCAUGCCUUCAUGCGGAAGGACCUCUUCCCCAAUGAUGUGUCCAUCGCCAUCACGCGGCGAAGGCCCAAGUUUAGCAAGAUCCUCACACAUCUCCGGUCAUCGAGUUAUGAUGUCAAGGAGCUUGUUCUCUCCAUCCCGAAUUUCAGUUCCUAUUCCAACCAGGCCCCCUACUCUGACUCCGGCUCCAGCUCCAGGAUGAGCAUCAGUGUCGGUGAGUCUCCAAUGGCACACGGGCACGGAAGAGAAGAGUAUUAGACGGAACAAUUCACCAAAGGUGCAUCAACCAGAAUGGAUGGCCUAGUGUGUUGCAACUUUGGAAGUGAGAUUUUCAAAUAAGAGAGAAGAAUUUGCAAAAUCAUUUUUUGUGUGUGACUAUGAUGUGUUGAUGGCGGUACUCUCAGACUAAGCUUUCUUUACAUAAUAGGUUGAAGCCAAGUUUUGGUGUUCUGUGUCUAUUAGUUCCGGCAUCCAUAUAGUUACAUACGAACCGUAUUGUUCUCAAAAAAUCUACAAAUUAUUUCUGGUUGCUUAAUGAAAGCCUCAGAUGUGCUAACAUAAUUAUGUAUUAUUUUAUUUUAAGAAAACUAAUUGCUACCUGGAA